AUGGCGCAGCCAAUCGAGCGUCAUGAGCUACCGGGGUUGCCAGACUCACCAACGGUAUCGCCAGCCCCGAUGUCCUGGUAUCCUGAAGUCCAUAACCAAUAUGCGGAAGGCAUUGAGGUUGCACAGCCGAAUACCGCACAAAGAUACCUACACCCUUCCUACGGACAUCAUCAACAGCUCAAAAGACCUUCUGGUGGCGCUGCUCAAGAAGAGGGAGAUGGUGUAAAGCAGGUCAUUUGGAAACGGAAGCUCUGCGGUUUUCCGCUCUGGACAGCUGCGCUGGUGGUUCUGGUGGUCAUCGGAGGGCUCGUCGGUGGACUGGUUGGCGGCCUGGUAGGACGCACAGAGAACGGCGAUUCUGCGAAAUCCACGCCCAGCACUUCGGAGUCCUCAAUACGUUCAUCUCUGUCGUCUUCUCAUAGCACAUUGUCGGCUAGUACAACUUCUACUGUAGCCACAGGCCCCGCAUCGACGCCUGGUUCAUCGUUGCGCUCGUCAUUCAAGAUCUCUAGCAUCGCCGCAAGCCGAACAGGUAAUCCAGGACAUAUACACAUCUUUUACUUGGAGUCCGGGACAUUGAAGGCCAGGAUAUUUGGUGAUGAAGGGUGGGUUAGCCUCGACAUUGAUCUAUCUAUUCCGGCAAAGAGGGGCUCGCCGCUUGCGUCUAUAUCCUGGGUCGAUGACGGCCGAGACCAGGUUCGAAUAUACUACUACAACCAAGACACCCAGAUGAUCGAAAUCGGCGGAUUGUGUUCGGGUAGUAGCACAAACUGUACGUGGAGAGCAGGCAAUAUCAUAAUCGAUUCGGGCAUCUCGAGCGAUUCGGGUCUAGCAGCAGUGCAUUUCCUCGACCCUGGUAACCAGAUCAGGACGUUCCACCAGGACAUGUAUGGACAAAUGAGUGGGGGAAGCUACUCUAGAGGCAAGUGGACAGUGGCCGAUGCGUUUCUUCAGAUACUACCUGGCACUGCAAUUGCUGCCACGAUCGAUGCCGUCGAACGUCCUUUCAUUGUCAGAGUAUGGCAUCGCGGUCCGCAGGGCAAUUUGAGGGAUAUUUACUGGGAUUCCAGGAACGAGCAAUGGGCCAAUCCGCUUUCUCUCGACGUAAAGAACAGCUCCAACGUUAACCUGUAUGCGGCGAUUGGCGCCUCCGACUAUCUGGGUGAGAAUGGGGUGACGCAGAACUACAUUAUCCAGGACGACAAACGCGCGACUGAGAUAACAUCCUUGAAUGAGACUGAACUCAUUGCCUGGGUACCAGGAAGCUCGGGUAAUCCCUCAACAGAUGCGUGGCUGCGUGGAGAUGAUGCAGGAGGUGCCAUCGCAGCUCUGGGCUGGCUGGACGAGAAUGACAGUCCUGAAGCUAGGCUUUACUGUGUGGUUGGUGGUAGCAUUCAUGAAAUUGUUUGCAGCCCCAACUCAUGCUGGACUGGUCGUGAGAUCUAG